GCUGGUCCAUGAGGCCCCGCCCCGCCUGCAUCCGCACCUCUGUAAGACGCGUAGAUUGGCGUGCUGAGAUGUCGCCUUCCGCAAUGAGGACUUUGAUGGAAUGUAUUCUUAAGUCAAACUAAAGAGGGAAAACCAUGUCCGAAGUAAGAAAAUUCACAAAAAGGUUGAGCAAACCUGGAACGGCUGCGGAGCUCAGACAAAGUGUGUCGGAGGCGGUGAGGACGUCCAUUGCUGUGGAGCAGCCGAAGAUCAUCGAGCCACUGGACUAUGAGAAUGUGGUGUUCCAGAGGAAAGCUCAGAUCCACAGUGAUCCACAGAGAGACCUGCUGGUGUGGCCAGCUGAUGAUGUAUCAGAAGCACAGAUACAACGUCAAAGGAGGACCAUUGUUCCCUCAGUUCCUCAAAAUGCUGAGAAAGAAGCAAAAAGCCUAUUUGCCAAAGAGUGCAUUAAGAUGUACAACACCAACUGGCAUGUCAUCAACUAUAAUUACGAGGCCUUCUCUGGAGACUUCCGGACGCUGCCCUGUAAAGGCAUGAAGAUGGAAAAGCUUCCCAACCAAGUGUUUGAGGUGGAUGAAGGGGAGGAGGAUUCAUCAUCUCUUUGCUCUCAGAGAGGAGGUGUAAUGAAGCAGGGCUGGCUGCAGAAGGCCAACAUCAACAGCAGUCUGUCUGUCUCCAUGAAGGUGUUCAAGAGGAGGUAUUUCUACCUGUCUCAGCUCCCUGAUGGAUCCUACAUACUGAAUUCAUAUAAAGAUGAGAAAAACUACAAAGAAUCAAAAGGCUCCAUCUAUCUGGACUCUUGUAUAGAUGUAGUUCCGUGUCCUAAGAUGAAGCGUAACAGCUUUGAGCUGAAGAUGCAGGAACGUUACAGUCACUAUCUGGCGGCGGACAGCGAGGCUGAGAUGGAGGAGUGGGUGAAUACGCUGAAACAGGCUUUACUGAGCACGUUGGAUGACAGGAGGAAUGGAUCAGAACCUUCUGAAGGUUCUCUGGAUGACGACAGCAGUAGCCAGGGGAGACCAGAGAACAUUGCAGACAGCUUUGGCCGGAGUCUUCAUCCAGAGCUAAUGAAGUAUGCCAGAGAAACCGACCAGCUAAAUAAAAUGAGCAGGAAUGAAAGUCGACAGAAAAUAUUCACCCUCGAUCCUGAGACGCAGAGAUUAGAUUUCUCAGGCAUCGAGCCUGACGUGAAGCCAUUUGAAGAGCGAUUUGGCAGAAGAAUCAUGGUUAGCUGUCACGACUUGACCUUUAGCCUGCAAGGAUGUGUCAGUGAGAAGAAUGAUGGCAUCCUAACCAACGUAGAGCCAUUCUUCAUCAGCCUAGCGUUGUUUGAUCUUUCCAAAGGAUGUAAGAUCUCUGCAGACUUUCACGUUGACCUCAAUCCACCCUGUGUGAGGGAAAUGCUUCAAGAAGGUUCUCCUGGGACGCCAAAAGAACCAGAAGGAGGAGAUGGAAAUGAAACCGUCAGGGUAAACGGACACGGUCUGCCGGUUCUCCAGAGGGUCGCGGAGUCUCUUAUACGCUUCCCCUCUCAGGGUAUUUUCUCUGUUACCAACCCCCACACAGACAUCUUCCUGCUGGCACGGGUGGAAAAGGUCUUACAGAAUGGCAUCACCCAUUGCACUGAGCCCUACAUUAAGACCUCUGACAUCAGCAAGACCGUGCAGAAAGUCCUGAAGACUGCCAAGCAGACGUGCCAACGGCUGGGCCAGUACCGGAUGCCCUUCGCUUGGGCUGCCAAACAGGUGUUCAAAGAUUACCAAGGCAGUUUAGACAUUGAGGGGAAGUUCUCUCCACUCUACCGCCAAGACAGUAGCAAGAUAUCCACUGAAGACCAAAUCAAACUGCUGACAGAUCUCAAAAAACCAGAGAAGAACAAACUGCAGAUAAUCCCUGGACAAAUUAACAUCACUGUUGAGUGCGUGCCUCCAGACUUGUCAAACUCUGUCACACCAUCUUAUAUUCCUGUGAAGCCGUUUGAGGAGCAGUGUGAGAGGGUGUCUGUGGAAGUGGAGGAGUUUGUCCUAGAAGAGGCCAGAUACAACCACCCAUUCACCAUCUACAAGAACCAUCUCUAUGUCUAUCCUCAGCAGCUCAAAUACGACAAUCAGAAGACAUUUGCCAAGGCUCGAAACAUUGCAGUUUGUGUUCAGUUCAAGGAUUCUGAUGAUGAAGGAGCCGCCCCAUUGAAGUGCAUCUAUGGCAAGCCAGGGGUUCCACUUUAUACCACCAGUGCUUUUGCUGCAGUUUUGCAUCACAAUCAGUGUCCAGAGUUUUAUGAUGAGAUUAAAAUCGAGCUUCCUGUUCAUGUCCAUGAGAAGCAUCACAUUCUAUUUACUUUCUACCAUAUAAGCUGUGAGGUUGGCAACAAAACCACCACCAAGAAACGGGAUGGAGUGGAAACACUGGUGGGUUAUUCCUGGACUCCUUUAUUGAAGGAUGGCAGAAUACAGUCCUCAGAACUACAGCUUCCUGUGUCUGCUAAUCUACCAGCUGGGUACAUGUAUGACAAAGGACAAGACUCAAAAAAGUCUUCCCCAGACAUCAAAUGGGUGGAGAAUGCCAAACCAUUAUUUAAAGUCCGAGCGUAUGUAGCAUCAACAAUUUACACUCAGGAUUUGCACCUCCACAAUUUCUUCCAGUAUUGCCAGCUGAUGAGGUCAACAUCACAGGGCAAUCCCGCUGAACUCGUCAAGUACCUAAAGUGCCUACAUGCAGUAGAGACUCAGGUCAGCAUCAAGUUUCUGCCUACGGUGCUCGUUCAGCUCUUUGAGAUCCUCACGAUGGCAAGCAAAGAGAGUCGAGAUAUUGCUGUCAACUCCACACGGGUAAUCAUUCACAUAGUGUCUCAGUGUCACGAGGAGGGACUGGAGCACUACUUGCGCUCUUUUCUGAAGUACGUGUUUCGGAUCAACAACGCAACUUCAGAAAACUCGGUGACGACACAUCAAGUUUUGGCUACAGCAGUGACUGUCAUCCUCAAACAAACUGCAGACUUCAACACCUGCAACAAACUCCUCAAGUAUUCCUGGUUCUUCUUUGAGACCAUGGCCAAGUCAAUGGCACAAUACCUCCAGGAUGGUAACAGAAUGAAAAUGCCUCGAGCGCAGAGGUUUCCAGAAUCAUUCCACCAAGCACUGCAGUCCCUGUUGUUGUCGAUCAUGCCUCACAUCACUAUACGCUAUGUGGAGAUCCCAGAGGAGGCCCGCUGCGUCAACUUUAGCCUGGCCUGCUUCAUCAAGCGCUGCCUUACGUUCAUGAACCGAGGAUUUGCUUUCAGUUUGAUAAAUGACUACAUGUGUGGCUACAGCCUGAAAGAUCCAAAGGCACUUACAGAGAUGAAGUUUGAUUUCCUCAUGACGGUGUGCAACCACGAGCACUACAUUCCUCUAAAUCUGCCCAUGGCGUUCGGCCGAACCAAGUUGCAGCGAGUCCAAGAUCAGAGUUUGGAGUACAGCCUGACCGAGGAUUAUUGCAAAAACCAUUUCCUGGUGGGUCUGCUUCUGCGAGAGGUUGCCGAUGGACUCCAGGGCUGCCCAGAGAUCAGACAGCUGGCUGUGGCUGCACUCAAGAACCUCAUGAUCAAACAUGCCAUGGACGACAGAUACAAUGCUUUUAAGAACCAGCAGGCCCGCAUCUGUCUGCUCUACCUGCCACUCUUUGAGCUACUCUACCAGAACCUGAGCCACAUGAACAGCCCGGGGCAACUCUGCAGAAAUGGCCUCGGCCUCAUGUACCGGGAUGAUUUGUCAGUGGACAGCCGCAGAAGCAGCACAAUCAUUGAUAAGGAACCUACCGGCGUCAUCACUCAGAAUGGACAUGUUAGGAAAGGGGAGUCCAGAGGCUCUAUGUAUGGAGAUCCUGGCACUCCAGACGUCAAUGAGUUACACAGGCGCGGUUCCACUAUGAGCAAUGUACCCACCACUGGCCGUUUGGGGCAGUAUGAGAUCAGAGGGCUGCUUCUGUGUUUCCUGCAUAUUGUAAGAACUUUGUCAGAUGGUAAGCACACUUUAGCCUUUUUUUAUCGUCAUAAAACACCAUCAGAAUUAUACAACCUCCAAGAAUUUUCUUUGCAACCAAUCCACUCAGACACCAAAGAGGAGAACCACACAAUCAACCCCCCACAGCAUUCUGGAGGUCCUACAGAAGCAGAGACAAACCAUCAGUCUUUGCUUGAGGGGAAUAUGUCGACAGAGGCCUGCCUUACCGUGCUGGAUGUCCUCUCACUCUUCACUCAGUGCUUCAAGAAUCAACUGCUGGACAGUGAUGGUCACAAUGCUCUGAUGACGAAGGUCUUUGACACGUACCUCACUUUAUUAAAAGCCGGACAAUCAGAAACAGCAAUCAAACACAUCUUUGCUUCUCUGCGAGCCUUCAUCAUCAAGUUCCAGGUUCCCCUUUUUAAGGGCCGUGUAACUCUGUGUGGUUCGCUGUGUUAUGAAGUCUUGAAGUGCUGUAUGUCUAAACUAAGUGUCCUACGUGGGGAAGCGUCUGCCCUUCUUUACUUGCUCAUGAGAAACAAUUUUGAGUACACCAAGAGGAAAAGCUUCCUGCGCAUGCACUUACAGAUCAUCAUCGCUGUGAGCCAGCUUAUCGCUGAUGUGGCGCUAACAGGCAGCUCACGUUUCCAGGAGUCACUGUCCAUCAUCAACAACUUUGCCAACAGUGAUAAAGCCAUGAAGACCACAACGUUUCCAUCUGAAGUGAAGGGUCUGACGAUGAGAAUUCGUACGGUUUUGAUGGCCACUGCUCAGAUGCGUGAGCACGAAAAAGACCCAGAAAUGCUGCUCGACCUUCAGUACAGUCUCGCCCGAUCGUACGCUAGCACUCCGGAGCUCAGGCGGACAUGGCUGGACAGCAUGGCACGAGCACACAGCAAGAAUGGAGACUUUUCGGAGGCUGCUAUGUGUAAUGUUCAUGUUGCUGCAUUGGUGGCAGAGUAUUUGCACAGGAAAAAGCAGUUCCCAAGUGGACUGGCAGCUUUUAAGAAAAUCACCCACAACAUUGAUGAAGAAGGAGCAAUGAAAGAAGACAUAGGGAUGCAAGAUGUGUACUACACUGAGGAUGUCCUGGUUGAGCAGUUGGAGGUAUGUGUUGAGGGUCUGUGGAAAGCCGAGAGGUUUGAGCUCAUAACACACAUUGCGAGACUCAUCAUUCCCGUUUACGAGAAACGGCACGAGUUUGAGAAACUGAGGCGAUUGUAUGACACACUGCAGCGAGCUUAUGCGAAGAUAUUAGAGGUGAUGCAGUCUGGCCGACGUCUGCUGGGGACUUACUUUAGAGUCGCCUUUUAUGGGCAGGUCUUCUUUGAAGAAGAGGAUGGAAAAGAAUACAUCUACAAAGAGCCAAAGCUAACAGGUCUGCCUGAAAUUUCCCUUCGCCUGAUAAGUCUCUACGGAGAAAAGUUUGGAGCAGAGAAUGUCAAAAUCAUCCAAGACUCCAACAAAGUUAACCAGAAAGAUCUAGACCCAAAGUUUGCCUACAUUCAGGUCACAUUUGUCAAGCCCUACUUUGAUGAGAAAGAACUGGCAGAGAGGAAGACAGACUUUGAGAAGUGCCACAACAUCCAGCGUUUUGUCUUCGAGACUCCGUUCACAUUAACGGGGAAGAAACAAGGUGUGGUUGAAGAACAGUGCAAGCGGCGAACGAUACUUACCACGGCCAACUCAUUUCCCUAUGUAAAGAAGCGCAUCAAGGUAGUGGGAGAAAAGCACUUGGAGCUGAAACCGAUUGAUGUCGCAAUAGAUGAGAUGAAAGAGAGGAGUGCUGAACUCACUAAGCUCUGUUCUAAUCAGGAGGUUAACAUGAUCACACUUCAGCUCAAACUCCAAGGUUGUGUUAGUGUGCAGGUGAAUGCGGGUCCGAUGGCUUAUGCCCGAGCUUUCCUUGAUGAAUCUAAAUCUGGUCAGUCCAGUAAGAAAGUAAAGGAGCUCAAGGAAAUAUUCAGGCAAUUUGUCAAUGCAUGCAGUAUGGCUCUGGAGAUUAAUGAGAGACUCAUUAAGGAGGAUCAGUACGAAUAUCAUGAGGGACUAAAGACUAACUUCAAAAGCAUGGUGAAAGAACUUUCUGAUAUCAUCCACGAGCAGAUCUUCCAGGAGGAUAUGAUGCGUUCCCUGCUGCAGAACUCUCUUCACGUGUUCAGUGCUAUCAGUGGAACCUCCACUGACCUGAGCUAGAACCUGACGGUUGCUCCUGAUUGUUCUGGAUUAUCAGCUGUCCUCACAACUGAAUGUACAAAUCAAGAUUCUAGGCCUUCAUCAAGCAUCUCUUCAGGCUACGAGAAUGCCAGCAUUUUCCGUGCCAUGUUUUUUUUUACUUAUUGUGUACAGCAAGUUUGUGUACAUAUUGCUUUUACAGUUCAUUUUAAAGCCAUCAUGAAGUCCAAAUUGACCCAAUUUAUUUUCUUAAUUCACAUUCCUGGUCUUAUCAUGUUUGCAGCAUUGUUGCUUUUAGGCCGCCUUAUUUUUCAACUCCUACUCACUUACCAUUAUUUCCACCAGAUAAGAAAAAAAGUCAUGUUUUCUUAAAUCAUAAUUAUGACAUAAGUCAAAAUUAUAAUAUGCCAAGUCAUUUUGAUGAUAUAAAAUGUCAAUUAUGA